AUGUCGAAUUCUGUGAGAACUCACCGAAGCCAAAUGAUGUCAGAUGUGAGUGCUGCAAGUGCACGAUAUUCAGAUUUUGUUGAAGAUCUUACGACCGUGUGCUUAUUGGUGGUGGUCCGGCGGAAUUCAGGCGAAGUUCAGACCCUUAGGUGGUGGUCAAGUGGAGUUCAGGCCCUUAGGUGGUGGUUCGGCGAGGCCGGAUCUUCUGGUGCUGGAGGUGGCGGUGGGACUUCUUCGACGAAAUCGUCGUCGACGUUGACCCAUCAUCAGCACCAUCAUGGUAGUGGUCAGCUCGGUGGGGCUUUGGGGCCGAGAGCGCAGCAGAGUUCCGGUGGGAACUCGGUCUCUUCAGUGGCGAGAUCAAUUUUGCCGACGCGGCGCCGGCUUCGGCUCGAUCGGCCUAAUAAACUUUACUUCCCAUAUGAACCUGGCAAGCAGGUUAGAAGUGCAAUCAGAAUAAAGAACACUCGCAAGUCCUAUGUAGCGUUCAAGUUUCAAACAACUGCACCAAAAAGUUGUUUUAUGGGUCCUCCUGGAGCAAUACUUUCUCCCGGAGAGAGUAUUAUAGCAACUGUUUUCAAGUUUGUGGAGCAUCCAGAGAAUAAUGAGAAGCCAUUGCUUGAUCAGAAAAACAAAGUUAAGUUUAAGAUCAUGAGUUUGAAGGUGAAAGUGCAUAUGGAAUAUGUUCCAGAACUAUUGCUACUACAAGGCUAUGGACAACUAAAGAAAGAGAAUACACCCGUUCAAGCUACGGAUAUGUUCCAACAAGAGUGUGUUUUGGCCCAUUUGCACCUAUGGGAUCCCAGCAUUUCAAUGUUUUGUCUCAACUGUCGGUAAUAACUUCACCUAAAACAUUAAUGAAUUUGUAUAAAAAAAUACAAGAUGAAAAUAAAACUUUGCAUAACUGGGCAUUAAAAAAUUCAGGCAAUACUUCAAAAUGACAUUAACAACAUGCAAAGUAGCAAAAAAAUAAAGCAGAUGGAAAUAAUAAAUAUGUAACAUAACAUUCCGGAAAAGCCUUAGAAAAAGUGUAUCGAUGUUAUUUCCUUGCAUGUAACAGCAUUGAAUAUCAUUAUUUAUGUCAAUGAUAUCAAGCAUACAUAUGAUCAACCUGAUGCCAAUUGUUAAUUAAAUUCUACUUUAUUAAGGAAACAAAGGAACUUCUUAAUAAUGAUCAGCAUGAAUAGAUAACAAAGAAUAAAUGAAAAAUAAUAAGAUCUUAAAAAAAGUAUUAAUGACAUACU